AUGUAAAUUCUUACUACUCUCUUCCUACUGCUUAGUCUAACUUUUACUAUCCAGGCAACAAAAGUCAACCUAUUGCUAAAUUCUAAAGCAAAAACAGAAGAUAAGAUCUAAUAGUACAAUACUGUGCUAGUACUCGCUUCUAAGAGAAUAUGUGUAGUCACUGAUCCAAAAAAUAUGUUCUAUGGCUCUUCUUGCGGCUUUGAAGUUGAAAUUCAACAAGCAGAUGGUAAAAUGAUUGUUAAAAGAUGUAUAUUGACUACUAAUGCUAUGUGCUAAACUCCAACUGCUUGCGAGAAACACAGAUAUGUCUCCUUAAAUGACCCGUGCUGGAAGACAGUUUGA